AGCUGCAAUUUGCGUGAUCAUGAUGCUGAGAACGCAUGGUGAACGCAUUGAUAACCGAGACUCGUGAGCACAAUUUGGGCCGCCGGACGCCGCUGGGGCUGCCCAUGGACCCCGCGCCGCCAAAGGCAUGACACUCAUAUGGUGGCUGCUGCCCACGGUGGUCGUCGCGGCCGGCAAGGCGCCGACGUGCCCCGCCGCGCACACCACCGCAAAAGGCCGUUUGGGAGACGGCGUCUGCGACGCGGCGCUCAACAAUGACGGCUGCGGCUUCGACCUUGGUGAUUGCUGCGCUUCGACGUCCACGGGGCACGGGCCCUUCGCGACCUGCGCCGACCCCGCGGAACUUGUUUUUGCCGCGGCCUGCGGUGCCUCAAAUGCAAUACGUAUUGGAGACGGCCGCUGCGAUCCUGCACUAAACACGGAGGCCUGCAUUUAUGAUGGAGGCGACUGCUGCCGCUGGUCCUGCUCCAGGCGCGACUGUGUCGGUUCAAGACCGUCCGAGGCGCGCUGCCGGCGCAUGGGAAUAAAUGCCGCCGACAACGAUCCAAACUGCGUCUGCGACUCGAAGAAGCGCAUGCACCGCGGUCCCAUCGGCGAGCGCUACUUCUCGGCCAUCCUCUGGCCGCCCGUGGCAUCUUCGGUAGUAUUGACCGAGCACGCGCGGCACAUGAUCGAUAAAGAGGUGGACGUCGUCCAGUGGUCGCGCUUCGACCCUCAUUCAAAUUUCUCGUCGUUUUUAUACGAAAUCUACGGCUUCGACCGCACGCUGCAGAACUGGACCUGGAUCGACAUCAAGCGCGACUGGUUUGCGGCGCACGCGCCCACGACGGCGUCGAUCUUCGCGCUCGUCCGGCUCCGCGCGCCGACGCGCUGGAAGGCCGAGGCCAUGACGGCGUCGGCGGCGCACGGCCUCAAGAUGCCGAUCCGGCGGGCCCUGGGGCCGCGCAUUCCAAACUAUGUGGACGAGACGCGGGACGUCGCGUUCCACGUGACGGACUCGGUCUACCAGACGCGGGCGACGCUGCGGGCCGUGCAGGCCUACCUGUAAUUGUGACUUUUAAACACAGACAAU